UUGGUUAGCUCAGUGAUGUGGUGCAAAAAAUUGUAACAGUAUUUUUCAGAACAAAUUAUAAACAGACUUGAAAGAUAAAAGAGCGUAUCGUCUUAAAUCAAGUGUAUUGUUUUCUUAUUGAGACAAUCAAAAAUAAUAAUCUACAUAUUGUUGUUAUGAAAAUUUUAUUAUAAACAUCAUAUUUCCCAAAAAAUGGAUUUAAAAGCUGUAGUUGUUUCUGGAGAAGCUCCAGAGUCUGAUGAUGACGCAUCAAACAUUGUUACUGGCCUAGGAUUCCCUAUAAUACGAACACCAUCCACAUACUGCGGUACCAUUAUCUCAGGCGAAGCUCCAGAAUCUGAUGAUGAUUUAACAAGUUUAAGUAGUAUUAGCGGAGCAGUAGAUGCAAUGGCAUGUCCUCCUUACACAGAUCUUAAAAUCCCAAGAUCUAAAAAAAGUUCUAUCAAGUAUAAUAGUUUACUUCAUAAAAAAUUAUACGAAUGCAAUGAAACCUUGGAUAGAGACAUUCUGCAAAUGACCGAGGGCGCAAUCACAACCAGCGUACAAGAAUUGUCAGCUGUUAAUCGACAAUUGCUGCGAAGUGAAUUGGUGUUACAAGAGGCUGUGAGUCAAUUACGUAAUGCAUCCGGUCGGGUGAAGGAUGCCUCCGACGCUCUACAUCAACUCAUAAAUGACAACUUCUUGCAUUCCAUUAAAAUUUAACUUUUUUUUGCUAAACUUAUUA